AUGAAAUAAAAUACCUUUGAAAAUCUAUAAAAAAUUUCAAUCGAUCAAAUAUAGAUAUUGACAGAUAUUGAUUAAACACAUUAAUCUACAGUAAUUAUUAAACUUAUCAAAUAUGAAUCCCAAAUCUUAGUUUAAAAAGUAAUCUUUUACAUGAUAUUAUAGAGUAUAUUAGUGAGUUCACUGCAAACAUAAAAAUAAAUAGAGCAUUUAUAUAAUGAAAAAUAAGCUUUGUAUGAGCUGAAUUAUCCUUCAAUUAAUAAAAUGUAAUGAACUCUAGAAUACUAUAUCUUAGUAUUGCAACAAAUAAAGACGAUUAAAAUAUUCAUUUAUUUUUGAGAUUUGAGAAAGGGAUGCCUUUGCAUAAAUUAUUAAGAAAUGUGGGUAAAAUAAAUACAAAAUUUUCAACUCUGUUUUUUAUACAAAUAUUAUUGACUUUUGAUUAUUUACAUGAAAAUGGUUGGCUUUAUAGAGAUUUAAAAGCUUCUAAUGUUAUUAUAACUUAAGAAUUUAGAGUAAAACUAAUUGAUUUUGGGUUGGCUAAAAAAAUUGAAAAAGGAAGAACUUCUUCAUUUUGUGGAACAAUCCAUUCAAUGCCACCAGAAGUAAUCUAAAAUGAUGGAUACAAAUAUGAUUAUUCUUUUGACAUUUAUACAAUGGGCAUUUUGUUUUAUGAAAUGUUAGUAGGCAAGCCUCCUUUUGGAUUAAAUGACUAAGGAAUUGAAUAAAAAAUAUUGAUGGGAAUAAAUGAAGAAUAAAUAUCAGCUAUUCAUGAUAUUAAAAUAAGAGAUUUACUCAAGAAACUCUUAUCUCAGAAUCCAAAAGAAAGAUUAAAUUGUAAAGAAAUAUUGUAAGAGGACUUCAUAAAAGAAAACAACUACCUUGAAAUUAAAAAUUUUAUGGAAGAUGAAGAAGCGUGCUUAAAUAAUUAUAAAUCUGAUUUGUAUGAUGAAGAGAUAUGUAUAUAUAAAUAAUUGUUCAUAGACUUAUAUUGUACCUAAUUUGCUUUUGAAGAAAACUAUGGUGAAAAUGAUGACUUUAAGUUUUGA